AUGUCCGCCACCUACGCAGCCACGUCGCGCUCGCGCGAAGAACCACAGGGAAACGAGGAAGCGUCUGCGGUGUUGCAUCUGGGGGAGUUUCAGGAUGUGGAUGCGUUGACGCAUAGUGAGGCGGCGUUGGUUAUUAAUGCGCUGGUUGCGAAGAGGAAGAAUGAUCGGAAGAAUGUUAAUGAGACUGAAAUCCUCCAAAAAACCACCGACUACCUCGAACACUUCGCCCGUUUCCGCCGCAAAGAAAACGUCGAAGCAGUAGAAAGACUCUUAACCGCCCAGAAAGGGUUGGCGAAGUUUGAGCGCGCGCAAUUAGGAUCCCUCUGCUGCGACGAAGCCGAAGAAGCAAAAACCCUGAUCCCAAGUCUACAGGAUAAGAUCACGGACGAGGAGUUACAGGUGUUGCUGGAUGAUAUUAAUAAGUUGAUGGGAUAUGGAAACUAG